CACCUUUGUAUCACAAGUUAACAAAGAAGAUUGAGAUAGAGGGAGAGAAUCAAGAAGCAGAUAAGAAGAGAAAAAUGGCUUGUUGGUCUGCUGAGAAUGCCACCAAAGCCUACCUUAGCACCUUGAAGAUGGGACAUAGAGCUAAAGAGCCAGAUGUAGCCGAGUUUAUUUCAGCCCUAGCUGCAGGCAACAAUGCCCAACUUAUGGUUGUUGCCUGCGCCAGUGUUACCAGCUCCACCGCCCUAGCCCUAGCGGCCGCGGCUCAUCAAACCGGUGGCCGUGUCGUUUGCAUCCUCCGGGGGCUCGAAGAGCUACACUCAUCCAAAAUGCUGUUAGGCCUUGAUGCAUGUCACAUUGAGUUUGUCGUUGGGGAAGCUCAGACUCUCCUAUUAAAUGACUACAUGGAAGCCGAUUUCGUCCUCAUCGAUUGCAAUCUUGAGAACCAUGAAGGGAUCCUGAGAGCGGUCCAAGCCGGUGGGAAGCCUAAUGGGGCUGUUGUUAUUGGAUAUAAUGCAUUUGGAAAGGGGACAUGGAGGGUGAACGGAUCAAAAACUCAGCUGUUGCCGAUUGGAGAAGGGUUGCUGAUAACCAGAAUAGGUGCCAAGGCAAAGGUUAAUGGUAGCUGUGGUGGGGUUGGGAAGAGGAGUCAUUGGGUUGUCAAAGUAGAUAAAUGCACAGGUGAAGAACAUGUGUUCAGGGUCAGAUUUCCGCAAGGGAAACGAAUAGAAGCUUAGGUUUCCAAUUAGGUUGCUAGGAGAAGACAGAAUCUUCUUUUCUUCUUUCCAAUGCUUUCCCAGCAACCAAACAAGGUAUGAGGUUUUAGCCUCAUGCUGAUUUUUUAAUCUCAAAUGUACAUAGCUUGUAGCUAGUUAUAUAUAAAUGUAUUAGACCUUUUUUGAAGGAUUAAUUCAAUGUCAAAUGUUUGGUA